AUGUAUGGCCUCAAUCCCUUACUCCGGGGCUCUUCGCAGUCCAGAGCCAGAUCAUUACUGAAGGCUGGCUGGGUAUGUAGCUCAUGUAGGGCGGUACCCAUCCCAAAAGCUAGGUAUUAUUCCUCUGUGACAAACUCGAAGAAGCCAUACUAUGUGACCACACCAAUUUUCUAUGUUAAUGCUGAACCUCAUGUUGGUCACCUAUAUACCAUGGUCCUCGCGGACGUCCUCAAACGAUGGCAUGUUCUAAAAGGCGAGAAGGCAAUCCUAUGCACGGGGACAGACGAACAUGGCAUGAAGAUUCAACGAGCUGCUGCCCAAGCAGGUACACUGCCUAAGGAAUUCUGCGACAUUGGCGCCGAGACAUUUAAAAAAUUGGCACAGCGAGCAGGACUUUCGAACGACCAUUUUGUCCGGACGACUGAUCAGGAUCACAAAGAGGCAGUAGAAUAUAUCUGGUAUAUGCUGAAGGAAAGGGAAUACAUAUACGAGUCAAAACACGAAGGGUGGUACUGCGUUAGUGAUGAGACAUUCUACCCCGAGUCGGCCAUUGAGAAGAGGUUGGACCCCUAUACUGGUGUUACAUUUAUUGCUUCGCAAGAGACUGGCAAAGUGGUUGAGUGGACAUCGGAAAAGAAUUACCACUUUCGACUAUCUGCCUUCAAAGAUCAGCUUCUCGAGUUCUACGAAAAGAAUCCCGAUUUUGUUGUGCCAUUGACUCGCAUGAAGGAUGUGGUCAAUGAAGUAUCUAGAGGCUUACAAGACCUUUCGAUAUCUCGUCCCUCCGAUCGUCUGAGCUGGGGUAUUCGAGUUCCAGAUGAUGAAAGUCAGACGAUAUAUGUGUGGCUCGAUGCACUAGUCAAUUAUAUUACAAAAGCUGGCUAUCCAUGGGCGCCAGGAAAAGAGACUGCAGGCGGAUGGCCUGCAGAUGUACAAGUCAUUGGAAAGGAUAUUGUUCGAUUUCACUGCAUAUAUUGGCCAGCAUUUCUCCUCGCAUUAAAUUUACAACCACCAAAGCAAAUCAUGGCGCAUGCCCACUGGACAAUGGACAAUCAAAAGAUGUCCAAGUCAGUAGGGAACGUAGUCAACCCAUUCUUUGCCAUAGAUCGAUUUGGCGUCGAUGCGAUGCGAUACUACCUUAUUCACGAUGGUGGAAUCAAGGAGGACUCUAGCUACGGUAAUGAACAUAUCGUCGAAAGAUAUAAGAAGGGGUUACAGAAAGGUCUAGGUAACCUUGUCAGUCGUUUGACCAGACCAAAAGUAUGGAAUGUUCGUUCUUGCGUGGAAGCUGCACAUUCUGGAGGAUUGCCCAAUCCAAACAUUUCUACCUUUCAACAGAUAGAUUUAUUGAACAAUGUUCGCCCCAAAGCUAACGACAAAAUGCAAGAGCUAAACCCAGGAGCAGCUCUGCAUGUUAUUAUGGAUAUAGUAUUUGAAACUAAUAAAUACCUACAAGACGAAGCUCCCUGGAACCUCGCAAAAUCCGAAGAUCCAGAAGCUAAGGAACGGCUCAUAAGCGCCGUAUACCACGCCGCCGAAGCAGUGCGCAUCGUUGGGAUUCUUCUCCAACCAUACAUGCCGGAGAAAGCAUCUCUAUUACUUGACAUGAUAGGCGUUCUAGCAGAGCGCCGAACGUAUGAGUAUGCGAUAAGAGGCGCCGAUCCUUCUUACGGUGAUGCUCAGAUUCCGCUGGGCAGAUGUGCGUGGGAUGCACUAUUUCCUCCUUUGGCAGUCGAGACAUGA